AUGCUGGUGGAUAGGCUGAAUCGGAGGGAGCCUCGCGGGUAUCCGAGAGUAGUUGAGGAGAGGGGUAGAGGCUCGCGGAGCCUGGCGCCGUCACAUACGACGUGGAAACUUCAAAUGGCGAGCUCGCAAUCGUCACCGCCGGGGGAGACUGGAGUGGUGGGGUAUAUGGUGUGUAAGAAGCGGAGACGGAAGAAGGAGAGGACGAUCCUGCUAGACGGAAGUCUUGCAUGGGUUGAAACGGACUUGUCGGCGGCGGGGAGUAGUACUCAACAGAGGCCCGUGGGGACCACUGUAGACGAGCUCGGUAUCUGGCGGCAAGAUGUCGAGGGAGAUCCAUGA